AUGGGUUUGGACGAUUUCCCUCGGCCUCCUACGACUCAGCAUCGGGGCAUGACUGCGAGUUCGAGUCAGUCCAACAGUUCCCGUCGUCAAGAUCGAAAUUACUCGCCGCCCUCAACUCCCCCGUCCAAUGGUCGAAAACAACAAUCGCAACGCCAGCAAUGGCCUCAACCUCUCGAGCAACUGGGCCGCCCCAGUGAAUCUGGAGACGAGGGGGACCCGCACGAUCUAGCUUUGUCACCGAAACAUGUUACGAGGACAUCAGUGGUGGAUAAUAUGCUUCUUUCUCUGGAUCAAUUCACUCCGGGUUCACCAUUAUUCAGCGCACCAUUAUUCAGUGAUACCCGCUUCUUCAACGAUUCCCCGGAACCGGAUUCAUACUUGUAUGGCAGCAACAACCAUCGAAUCUCCUCCAUUGCCCAACAACGUUUCCGGAGCCACACCUUGUCUUCGUCUGUCUCGUCCGACGUCGGUCCUGGUCCGUAUCGUGAUGACGAUUACCCACAGAUACCUCGCUCGAGUGGGCGCAGAAGCAAUGGUAGCACAUCGCAUCCAACUUCGCAGCGCCGCCAGGAUACUGCUCGCAGCAGAGAUAGUGCUGGCUCAGGAUAUCCGAGAAAUUACGACUUCGGUGAGGAAGCAGUCACACCACCAAAUGUCCCAUCAAGGAGACAUGCGGCACGCCAAGAAAGCAAAGACAGCUCAGACAGCGUAGAUUACGAUCACACAUUUGAGGAGCACUACCUGAACUAUAGUCAUAGACGCUCUAUGAGUCUUGACUAUGGCUCUCGACCUGCAUAUAUAUCCAAUCCUCUGCAGGGAUCGGAACUGAUUCUCGAUGAUCUGGAUGCGGCUCCAACCCCUACAGUGCCACCUGGUCCUCGAAGAGACCCGUCAAGUGGACUUCCCGGUAGUCUACCUCCACCUCGGGCACCGGCAUUGUCGCGACGAAAUAGUAAUCGCUCAGCCAAGAGUACGGCGACGAGAAAGGGUCGCCCAGAUACUCUCGGAACCUCUACCAUCAAGUAUAACGACGAAACACCACGACCUCCUCUCCCGAGUUCCUUUAUUGAUCCCUCUGCCCCGAGUCCCACCAUCUCAUAUCAGAAGCCACCCAUGCUGCCUUUAGCAGAUGCAACACCAGCCAAGGAAAAACAAGGCUUUUUCAGGCGAGUAUUCGGGUCAUCCAAAGCCACUUCCGAACAGUCAACUCCUGAGCAAUCUAAACUCCCAACACCCAAGUCAGACAAUGCGGGAACUCCUAGUCAGCCUCGCCAAGAACCUGCACACCCAGUUGUGGCCAAGAAGGCAUCGUCGUUCUUCCGCAGGCGCAAGAAGUCUGUUGUUGACAGUAUCCCGCCGCCCUUGAAUUUGGCGCCCAAUUCUGCAAGGGGUCUGGAUAUGCGCCUAGAGCCGAGUUCAGCGAACAGUCUUCGUCAAGUUAUGGAUCCUUACAUCUCAUCAAAGAGGAACUUGAAGAAUAAUGGUGAAGAUUAUUCGCUAGAGACGCAGGAACACAGCCCGAGCCAUCUGCGAACGGAUCACUCUUUCCUUGAAGAUACUACAUCUCGGCCAAAGUUGCGGCAAAGUAGAACUGCAGAUGGCUCAAAUAGUGCUCUACCGAUGGCUAAAAAAUCUGAAAAUGAGGCCUCAACCAACACUAAAUAUGGCUCUCAGCGAGAAAACAGACCUCAAACAAGUCCAGUUGGUCCUUAUGGGACUACGGCAGGAGGUUCGCAGCACCCUAUGCCAGAAAAACAAUUGCAGAUCAACACAUCCAAAAACCUCAUUCCUCCAUCUGAGAAUCAGAAUAACAGCUUUUUGCAUUCUGGUACUUCGCCAAAUAACUCCAGUCGCGGUUCUUUGAGACAUGAAUCUUCUAUCAAGUCAAAUCUUUCCGCUUCCGACGGUUCUCAGUAUCACACAGCCUCAAACUCUCCUAUGAUUGACACUCCAAUUAUCACGACGACAAAGUCACCAGAGGUGAACAACGAGGAAUCCGAGACUCCGGAUGCAGAAGGAUUAGAGAAUACGCCUAGCGCCGCAGAUCGGGAGAAGGCACGCCAACUAUUCGACGACCCCGAUGAAGUUGUUGACCAUGAGCCUGCGGCUUGGUUAGGAGAUGCUGGUCGUGCCAUGAUUCGAAAAGCCUAUAUGGAGUUGUUCAAUUGGACGAAUAUGGACAUUCUAGCGGCUCUUCGAAGUCUUUGUACUAAAAUGGCGCUAAAAGGAGAGACGCAGCAAGUCGAUCGUGUUUUGGAUGCAUUGUCGACCAGAUGGUGCGAAUGCAAUCCGAAUCACGGGUUCAAAGCAGUGGAUGUCGUGCAUACCAUUUGUUACUCGCUGCUUCUUCUCAAUACCGAUUUACAUAUGGCAGAUAUUGAUCAGAAAAUGACCAGAAAUCAGUUCGUACGCAAUACGUUGCCUACCAUUAAUCGUGUGGCUUCGGAUGCAGCACCUGACGGGUUUGACACGAUACGUGCCAGUGGUAACAAGUCGCGUGCGCCUCUAUAUACAGCUCCCAAAUCUCCAACCUUACCUCAGGGUGAACUCACCAUCCCUCCUCCUGAAGCAGAGACUAAGACCAGGAGAAGUUCCAUACUCAUGGACGGUUCUAGCACUUACGGACAUUUGAUAUCUACGCCUUUCCAGGGCACCAUCAAGGCAUGGGAAGCACAGGUUGAGAUUGUCUUGAAAGAUUUCUACAACUCGAUUCAAAAGCAGCGUCUACCUUUGUAUAAUGCUCCAGCAGAGCCGGAAGGGCUUGCUCCUCCUACGACUAUAACGGGCAAUAUUCUGCGUCGCAGUCCCAGUGUGCUUAGCAAGACUGGUUCGGACAUUAUCCCUCGCGGCCGAUCUGCUGAUUCGCGAAUGACGACUGGUCGAUGGUCUUCUAAACCGAGAUCUCGCGCUCGCCUAUAUCCCGCUUCGACCAUGGGUUCCAGCCGCACGAGUCUUGAUGAUAUGUCAUCAGUUUGGAGUCCAUCCGCAUCAAGUACUUGGAGCAAGUAUUCGCUUGGCAAGACAAUGACGUCCAUGUCUGUUGAUUCUCUGGGGUCAGAAUACCACCGAGGCGGUUAUCAGCAAUCGAUUGGUUUUGCGAAUGCUCUAAGCCAUGCCAUCAUCCGAGAAGACACAGCCCACUCAAUAUCCAGUUAUGAAGAUUCAGGUGCCGCUAAGCCGCUGCUUGAAGAUGACACGCUAGAACUUUUGGGUGCUCCGUGGGCCAAGGAGGGUAGUCUCAAGCACAAACAGCAUCUAGAAGCCGUUGACAAGAAAGCCAAAGAUCGAAACUGGAAUGAAUGUUUUGCUGUUAUUCAACGUGGAUGGUUACGACUCUUCUCAUUCAGUGCCAAUAGCAAAUCAAUGCGGUUAAAGUCCAAACAGCGACAAGGCGGAGGUGGUGUAGUUGUGGGAGGUGGUAACUGGAUGGAGAAUGCCGAGGAGGUUUGGAAAUUCCUCCUUCGUCAGACCAUCGCAAGCGCUUUACCUCCUCCCGGCUAUUCCAAGUCUCGACCUCAUGUCUGGGCUCUCAGCCUUCCUACAGGUGCUGUACAUCUGUUCCAAGUCGGCACGGCCGAGAUUGUACGCGAGUUCGUUACAACGGCCAACUACUGGAGUGCUCGACUCUCCAAACAACCAUUAGUCGGCGGAAUCAGCAACAUGGAAUACGGUUGGGGUGACGCAGUCAUCAACAGUGCCUUAAUCAACAUGGACUAUACCCGCUCACCACCCAACUCAUCCGGCGCAGGCCCACAACCACGACCCAGUUACCAAAGCUCCAUCCGCAGCUCCCUCGACCAACAAGGCGGUGUCCGCGCAAGACUGCCCGCUGACCGCGUGCACCUCAGUGACUGGACCCCGCCACAACAAACCAUGAACGCCUCCAACCUCAGCGAGGCAGACCAGCUCUCCGCCCUGCAGGCAUACGUGAAAAACGUCGAAGAAGAUCUCCAAAAACAUAACGAACUCCGCCCCGCUAUGCUACUCGCGUUUUCGCCUCGACACCCCAACGCGGUAAAGGCGAUGUCAAAUUGGGAACGAAAAUCGUCAUAUUUGCUGAGAGAGAUCGUGAAGUUCAGGACUUAUAUCGAUUGUCUGAUUGCUGCAAACACACAAAGGGAGAAGAUUUAUGCGGAGAGGGAAGCGGAGAUUGAUGCUGCUGAUGCUGCUGGAGAUGAAGACGAAGAUGGGGAUGAUACUAUUAUUGCUUAA